GGCCAAAACUCCUCUUAGCGAAAACUCAUCUCUAUCCGUCGAAACUCCUCCACUCGCACCUAGCCUUCUCCGCCACUUCUCCGCACGCGACCAAUUUUCCUCCGCCACUCCUCCACGUCGCCCGCGACCUAGCCUCUGCCACUCUUCCACGACAGCCGACGCUGUUGGAAAUGCCUCUUCUCGUGUGAGCAGUGAGUCACAUGCCUUUCCCAUCGAGCAACGGCUGCUACAAUCCGUUUAAACACAACUCCGACGAGAUGAGAUGCGCAACCCAGAGCGAACCCUAAACCCCAAUUGCUUCACUACCAAAAUCGCCUCUGUCGCUUGCCUCCCCUUUACGCUCCUUCUUCCCUCCACUCGUCCAUGGGGAAGGACAUCUCUGGAUCUCCGGCGGCAGCACUUGGAAGCGCUACCGCCCCAACCGCGUACCCCACCCGUCAUAACUUAGCUCGCACCUUCAAGUAUCUAAUGGCAACGCAGUUCUUAUCAAGGGGAAUCCCGUUUAUAUUCAAUUCAUUGAUCGUGAGACACCUUACUGUUGCGGACUAUGCUCUUUAUGCAGUGCAAUUCCAUCUUUUUGUUACCUCCAUAUUGUUUCUAAGUCGGGAAGGUUUUCGACGGGCAUGCAUGCGCACUGAUGUUGGAAGCAAUAAUUCAUCGAUGGAAGAAGAUGCUGCAAGAUUAUUGAAAGUAGCGUGGCUCACAUUCCCAAUUGGCAUCUUGUUUACUUCUGCAGCCUGUCUCUUUGUUUUUUGGUUUCAGAAGCUCACUUUUUCAGAUGCAUAUGCACAAGCUAUAUUGAUCCAUGGACUUGCCUGUAUUCUGGAGUUAUUGUCGGAACCUGUAUAUAUACUUUCACAAAAUUUUCUUCUUCUUAAGCUACGAUUGAUAGUUGAAACUGCAGCUACUCUCCUACGGUGUAUGACUACCUACAUCCUGAUUUUUAGAAAACCUAAUCUGGAAAAGGGGAUUGUAUUUGCUUUAUCUCAAGCUUCCUAUGGUUCCUGCUUGUUGUUGGGCUACUGGGCUUAUUUUCUGCUCUCCCGCACUGUUAGAUAUUCUGAUCUUUUUCCCUUUAGAAUUUCAAACUUUUACUUUGACAAAUAUCUUCUGAAGAUGUGCUUAUUGUUCACUGGGCAAUCUUUUCAAAAGUUGAUUCUACAAGAAGGGGAAAAGAUGGUACUAGUAUGGUUGGAUACACCAUAUAACCAAGCUGUUUAUGGGCUAGUUGAUAAAUUAGGAAGUCUAGUUGUGCGAAUGAUAUUUUUACCUUUUGAGGAGAGCUCCUUUUCUACAUUUGCCAAGAUGGCAUCAGGUGAGUCAUCUCAAAGGAUUGUCAGGUUAGGAAAUUCCCUGAUGGAAGCUCUCAAGCUUGUUAUGUUGAUUGGCCUUUUGGUGAUGGCAUUUGGUCCAAGCUAUUCAUUUACUCUGAUAAGACUUCUCUAUGGGAGCAAAUGGAGUGAUGGAGAAGCACCAGCUGCUCUCCGUUAUUAUUUCCUUUAUGUUGUUACCUUAGCUAUGAAUGGAACAUCGGAAGCUUUUCUUCAUGCGAUUGCUAAUGAGAGACAAAUUCAGAAGUCAAACAAUCUAAUGUUUGUAUUCUCUGGUAUUUAUGUAGCACUAAACAUCAUCAUGGUUCGAUCUGCUGGAGCAAUUGGCUUAAUUGCUGCUAAUUCAUUAAAUAUGUUUUCAAGGAUAAUAUACUCUUUAGUAUUUAUCAACAACUAUUUCCAGGUUUCGCCUUCAUUCUCCCUUUCACGGUGCUUGCCUUCUGGAUGGGAAAUUUUACUUCUUUCAUGCAUAAUAACACUCGUAUCUGAGAGAGUGCUCUUGGAUAAGGAGAACUUUUGGCAGACUCUUCCUGCACACCUAGCUGUUGGUUUCACAUGUUUCUGCAUAUCAUCUAAAGUCAUUUAUAGGCGCGAGAAGCAGUUUAUCAAGAAAAUCAUAGGUAUGCAUAAGCAUAUUGACUGAAAGAAACAGAUGAUGUUGGCUCUGCCGGUUAUUGCUUCAAGUAGCUUCGAUUCUUAUCAAUGAAUGACAUGAUUCUCCUGAUUGUCUUCGUAAGAUCACAUCGGCUAUGUGAUCCAACGCAACAGGUUCAUUUGAUCUUUGGAGUUUCACGGUAAAGUUGUGUUUGUACUUGGACAAAUAAUAGAAAACGAGAGUAAUGGCAGACUUUCCGAGUUUUCUUCAUAUGGCUGGUGAGGGAUAAAUUUCUGAUAUCUUGCAGUAAUGUUCUCUCGUGUCACAUAGUGCCAGAUAUCUUUAGGAAGAGAAGUUACUAUUUAUUGUUGUAUAUUGAAGGCAGUCUUGUCUAUAAUUUUCAGAUUUUAAAUUCAACGCCUAUAUCUUA